CUGGGCAACGGUAGGCAAGAUGAUUUAUAAACAAAAAAUGAGCUUACAAAAUGCCAAUUAUUGUAUUGAAUUUUGAGAUAAAAGUUAAUACGUUUACAACUAAACUGUAGUGCGCGAUUUAUAAAGUUAGAUACAAAGUCAAUAACGCAUACGACGACCAUGGCUUCGAUGCGGGAUCAAAAACUCGAACAGCAACGGCAAAUGAUGGAACAGAAGAUGAAGCAGAAACGCCAGAAUUCUGGUUUGGUUCAGGCAAACGAUCUCAGGGUAGGGUCUGCGAAGCGACCAAUAUCAGGCAGCCGUUCCCGGGAGCUUCAUGGCUAUGAUGGUCCGAUGCAAUUUCUUAUGUCGCCAGUCAAUCCGGACCAAGUAAUACCUCUUCAAACCAAUAGAAUAUCUACUUUUGAUGAGCUAGGCAAUCAGAUAGAGGUCCUGACGGUGGGUGAAGGGGACGGUAGCGGUGAGGAAGACGAAGAGAGCGUCCCUGUGUGUAGCGUGGGUCGCGACGCAAGUACUGACGAUGUGUGCGCUGACGCAGCUGUCGCGCCGUUGCACGAUAAGCCGCGAAGGGAUAGCUCACCCACACAGACUCCAGAAAUUGAGGGUUCGGUCGAAGGUGCAGUGGAACAGUUCGUGGUGACACCAGCUAAACAUGGCACUUUAUACAAAUGUCGCAUCGCUAGAGAUCGCAAAGGGAUGGACAGAGGGCUCUAUCCUACAUACUUUUUGCACCUUGAAAAGGACUACGGGAAGAAAGUGUUUUUGCUUGCCGCCCGAAAACGCAAGAAAUCAGCCACAUCGAACUACCUGAUAUCAACAGACCCUACUGAACUGACUCGCACGGCCGACAGCUUUGCUGGGAAACUACGUUCCAACCUCCUUGGUACCGCUUUCACAGUGUAUGACAACGGCAAAGCGUGGAGGAAACACGAUCAUGCUCACACUAGGCACGAAUUGGCUGCUGUUGUUUAUGAUACAAACGUCCUCGGCUUCAAAGGUCCAAGAAAGAUGACAGUCAUCCUUCCAGGAAUGACUCCGGACCGCCAACGCGUCACCAUAGCACCGCAGGACGACAGCGAGACCCUUCUAGAACGGCUGAAGAGUCAGACCUUGGAUGACAUAGUCGUACUUCACAACAAAACUCCAGUGUGGAACGAUGAGACUCAAUCCUACGUGUUAAACUUCCACGGUCGAGUGACUCAGGCAAGUGUGAAAAAUUUCCAAAUUGUCCACGAUUCGGAACCUGAUUAUGUCGUGAUGCAGUUUGGCCGUAUAUCCGAAGAUAUCUUCACCAUGGAUUUCCGAUACCCUCUGUGCGCUCUUCAAGCAUUCGGUAUAGCGCUGAGUUCUUUCGACAGCAAACUGGCUUGUGAAUAGUAAUAUUCUAUAGCAUUCCACGAUGCAUUU